AUGUGUGGCUCGUUCUGCGACUUAGCCAUAUCGACGAAGGCCUACAGCUCUCGGUUGGGCGAAUGGUCAUCUGUCCAACCUCGGACAAAUGUGACCAAGACCUGCUAUUCCGGUACGUCUCUAUCCUGCACUGCUCGUUACCAUAACCUGGGGCGGUCCGAACCACCGUACGUAUGUGUAUUGUUCAUCGUGGUCAAACUAAACUGA